AAAGGUGAACAUGCCCUGCCAACACACAUAUCGUGGCACCGUUGCAACAACGUAUAACCGUUCCAAAAAAGGCAAAGAGCCAGCGAAGAGCCAGAGACUCGAGAGAAGAGAGAGUGUGUAUUGUGUGUGAGAGAGAGACGCAUCAAGAAAAAAGCCAAUACAGAGAGAGAGAGAGUGAGAAACAGAGAGACGCGUCGUCGUUUCGUCCUCUUGUCGUCUCUGAGAGCUUCGAUCGAGUUCGCAUUUUCGGAGGAGAAAUGGCGGAUCAGUACUUGCUUGGAUGGAUCUUGGCCUCCGUGCUGGGCCUCGUGGCGCUGUACAGAACGCUGGUGAAGAGGAACGACGAUCGUCGCAGCGCUUUGGUGGAGAAGAGAAGCGAGUGCGUGAAGAGCGUCAUGGUCUCGAAUGGAGAAUGCAGAUCUACUGACGGCGAUGUCGACGUUAUAAUAGUCGGAGCAGGCGUCGCCGGCGCUGCUCUGGCUCACACUCUCGGCAAGGAUGGACGUCGAAUUCAUGUGAUUGAACGAGACUUGCAAGAGCCAGACCGAAUUGUUGGUGAACUACUACAACCUGGAGGCUACCUCAAAUUAAUUGAGCUGGGACUAGAAGAUUGUGUGGAGGAAAUUGAUGCCCAGCGGGUGUUUGGCUAUGCUCUUUUCAAGGACGGGAAAAAUACUAGACUCUCUUACCCCUUGGAGAAAUUUCACUCAGAUGUGUCUGGAAGGAGCUUCCACAAUGGCCGUUUCAUACAGAGGAUGCGGGAGAAGGCUGCAACUAUUCCCAAGUAUGCAUUUUCUCCCUUGGUUGAUACAAAUCAAAUGUUGGUUUCCUUUAUACUGUUUGUUUCUGCCUGUUGA